AUGGUUGUUGCAAAUGGAGAGUACCUCCACGGCACCUGGUACUGGCCCAUUUUGCCCGAUUCUGUUCAUUUAGAAGAUUUUGAACUGUCUAGUGGAGAAAUGGUAAAAGUGGAAAUGAUGAACUUUGCCGGUAUUCUUAACUAUUCACAAUUUGACGAUGGCCAACUGAUAGAGAUUCCUUUUCGUGAUAAUGGUCUUAACUUGUAUGCCUUUUUGCCAGAUCAAAAGAAACUCUCCACUGCUUCGACUUUUAGCAACCUUUUUGCUUCAGUUCCAGUCGAGCAACGAAUUGCCCAGUUGACGCCAAUUUUCACUUAUAUGAAGUUUCCUAAACUGUACAAUACUACAGAUGCAAGCUCAAAGAUUCACGGAGAGUCGCUAAAAGGUGAUUUGCAAAAACUUGGCAUUUUGGAUGCUUUUGAAAUUGGUCUGGCUGACUUUAGUGGCAUUGAUGGGCAGACAAACUUAAACCUAAACGACAUUCUUCACCGUGCGACCUUGCAGUGGGAUGACAAGUCAGCAUCAGGUGUUGCUGGCUCCGGUGGUGAUGUUGCUGUUCCACCGAGUUUUGCAGCAAUCAAUAGUAAUGAAGGAGAUUUAGGUGAAGAUGUUGGAGUUUUUCCAACGCCACCAUCGAUUGAUCUGGCAUACAACCGUCCGUUUUUGUUUUUCAUCAGUGACACAAACGCUGGUGAUGAUAACGGAAAAACAAUGACACUUUUUGCUGGCGUCAUUCAAGACCCACGUUCAAGCAAUCAAUAA